AUGGACGAUUUAUUGACUAUAGAUUUGGCCAAGUUAUUUGAAAAUCCUGAAGGUUAUAACGUAAAAUUUGUGGUCGGUGAAGAAACAAAUGUUAAAGAAUUCAAAGCACAUAAGUUUAUCUUAACAAGUAGAUCAGAUUAUUUUAAAACUGCGUUGUCUUCACAAUGGGAACAGGUAGAAAAUGGAAUUACCAUCUUCAAAAAACCAAAUAUUUCGCCUUCGGUAUUUGAGGUUCUUUUAAGGUACAUUUAUACAGGAGUAAUCUCCGUUGAAAACAGUGAAGUGAGCCUCGUUGAAAUCGCAAUUGCGAGUGACGAGCUCCAAUUACACGAGGCCUAUCAACAACUUGAACGACGUUUGCUUGAUGAUGAAUUAGCGUGGAAACCAAACGACAUUUUUACAGUUCUUCAGCACGAUCAUUUAACUUUCUUGUAUAAUGCUUCCAUAGGAUUGGCAUGCAGAAAUCCUAAAAUUAUUUUUGAAUCAGAAGAUUUCUUUAACAUAAAAGAAACUAAUCUUAUUGAUAUUUUGAAAUCUGAUUAUCUUGAAUUAGACGAAAUUGAAAUUUGGCAAUACCUAAUUCGAUGGGGAAUCGAAAAUACCAAUUCCAUUUUAGUUUAUGAUUUAAAAAAAUGGACACCGGAGAAUUUCAUGGAUCUAAAAAAUACUCUAUGUGAUUGUAUUCCUCACAUACGAUUCUUUCAAAUGUCAUCUGGCGACUAUACAAAAGUUAGAGUUCAUUUUAAGGACAUUUUACCAGAAGGUCUUGAUGAUGAAAUCACCCAAUAUUUUUCGGAUCCUAAUUUUAAACCCUCAAUUAACAUUUUACCAUUAAGAAAGUAUCUACUUAAAUCAAAUAUUAUCGAUGCAAAAGAUGCAGGAUUAAUAUCAAGCUGGAUAGAUAGGAAAGAAACACCGUACCAUUUUAGAAAUUUGCCUUUUAAGUUCAAGCUCAUUUAUCGUGCUAGUCGUGAUGGUUUCAAGGUUGAAAAUUUUCAUAAAAAUUGUGAUAAUCAGGGACCGACACUUGUGGUCAUUAAAAGCGACGUAAAGCAACCGGAAAGUUCUAAUAGCAUCUCUCAUUGUCUGUUCAGCCCACGCCAUAUUUUAUUUUCGACAUUAAAUCAUUGCAUAAAAGAGUAUAAAAAAGAGAAAAAGCCUUCUAUGCAUCGAUCUGGUGCGAUGUGUAUGCAGUCACAUUCUUCUGUGUCUUAUCAAAAUCAUAUUGUCGGUCAACCUAACACCAAGCCCGGCUCGAGAUUACGAAUCGAUUAUCCAAAAAAUAUUUAUUAA